GCACUAACAAGCCGAUUAGAUACGCUAAUUGCAUAACACGUACAUACACUCAAGCAUCCAUCUCAUUUUAACUCCGACAGCCCUUCACAAUGUCUGCUGCCCCUGUCGUUCUUGUGACCGCCGGCUCAGCCGGAGUGGGAGCAGCUACAGCGAAGGUAUUCGCAACGGCAGGAUACAGAGUCGUGAUCAACUACUCCAGCAAUGAAAAGCGAGCUUUGGAUUUGUUGGUCGAGCUCGAGAAGCUCUCGCCAAUUGGACCAUCACAAGAUGGAAAGCAGAAUUUCCUUAGUAUCAAAGCCGAUUUGACGCGAAAGUCAGAUAUUGCACGAUUGGUUGAUGAAGUCAUAAAUGGAAUGGGAAGAAUUGAUGUGGUGUUUUCUAAUGGCGGUUGGACUGAGGUCACAGAAUUCACAGAUCUGGAUGACAAUCUCGAUGAGGAUGUUUGGGAUCGCUGCUGGAAUAUGAAUGUUAAGUCGCAUUUGUGGUUGUUCCACGCUGCGAAGAAACACUUGGAAGCAUCUGAAGGAUGUUUCAUUACAACGGCUAGUUUGGCUGGUGUCAAGCCUAGCGGUAGUUCUAUUGCAUACUCCGUAACCAAAGCCGCACAGCUUCACCUAGUCAAGACCCUCGCCACCAUCUCCGGCCCAAACAUCAGAGUGAACUCUGUGUCUCCAGGUCUAUUGCUCACAGAAUGGGGGUUGAAGUUUUCCCCAGAGAGGCUGGAGGCUUCCAAAGCUAAGACCAAGUUGAAUCGUUUCGCUACGGUCGAAGACGUUGCAGAGCAAGUAUUGUGUUUUGCCAAGAGCAAGACUGUGACUGGCUCGAAUGCUAUCAUUGAUGCUGGGUGGUCGUUGUAGAUUGUAGAAUUUAGGGACCUGCAUUUGCAAUGGCAUCAAUAUCGGCCCGCCGCAAAUGAUGCACAAAAUGACGCUAUCAAUUGCUCAUGACAGCCCUAGCUGCGCUUCCUAGCUCCGUGAUUAACUGGCUGAGAUUCUCCACCAAGGGAGGCACUGCUGUCUGUUCGUUUCUAGCAGACUCUUGGUCAUCUAUGCCUUUCAGCACGUUGAUGAUAGCGCUCAUCACUUUCUCUGGUUCCGAGAGUCUAGCGACUUUCCCAGCAGCCGAGAAACAUGGCAUCCCGCUUCCUAAUGCCACGAAUCUCUUCACAUCUUCCACUUCGUCGCCGUCCAGCCAGACCAGCAAGUUUUCAUCGCUAGAAGAAUGGCCAACAGUGUGAAUUCUCUCGCCCCCUAGUCUCAGUACUCCGUAAGCCCAGAAUGUCAGACUUGCGUGAUACACAGCGACGGCAAGAAAUUCCC